CCUUCACCACUCAACGCGACCGAGGCAUCCUACCACGCCCAACAUGCCGCCCUCGCAACCCAAGAAGCCCGACGUCUCCGCCGCGGCGAAAGAGCGCAACGAAUACAUUCCCUCGUUCAUCUCGAAGAAGCCCUUCUACGCCGUUGACGAGACUGGCGAGGACAAUACCGAUUACCUCGAGCAUCAGCGUCUGCAGAAGCAGGAGCAAGACUCAAAAUGGUACGAUCGAGGCAAGAAGGUCGGCCCGGCUGCGACCAAGUUCCGCAAAGGCGCAUGCGAGAACUGCGGCGCCAUGACACACAAGAAAAAGGACUGCUUGAGCCGGCCGCGUAAGGCAGGCGCAAAGUUCACGGGCAAGAAUAUCGAGGCGGACGAGGUCAUUCAGGACGUACAAUUAGGCUUCGACGCGAAACGCGAUCGAUGGAACGGCUACGAUGCAUCGCAUUUUGAGGAAGUCAUCGAGGAGUACAACGCCAUGGAGGAGAUCCGGAAAAAGGCAAAAGAAGCCGAGAAGGGUGACAAGUCCGAUGACGAGGAUGAGGGCGACAAGUACGAUGCCGAGACGGACAUGGGAAGGAAACAGGCCACAUCCACACGGAACCUGCGAUUACGAGAAGACACGGCAAAGUAUCUGCUCAACCUGGAUCUCGACUCGGCCAAAUACGACCCCAAGACGCGCUCCAUGGUCGACAGCGGCGCGACAGCCGAUAACGCAGCUCAACUGGUAGCAGAAGAGGGAUUCAUGAAGGCGUCUGGAGAUGCCGCCGAGUUUGAGAAGGCGCAGCGAUAUGCUUGGGAGACACAGGAGCGUGGGGACAAAAACAAGCUACAUUUGCAGGCCAACCCUACGUCUGGCGAGGUCAUGCGGAAAAAGCAGCUCAAAGAGGCUGAGGAGAUGGCAGCAGCCAGGAAAAAGGCCUUGGCGGAGAAGUACGGCACACAAGAAAAGUUCACCGACGACACACUUCGAAAGACAGCCGUUACAGAGAAUGAACGAUAUGUCGAGUACGACGAGCGAGGUGGCAUAAAGGGUGCACCAAAGAUUAAGGCAAAAUCAAAGUACCCAGAGGAUGUGCUUCUCAACAAUCACACAUCAGUCUGGGGCAGCUGGUGGUCCAACUUCCAAUGGGGCUUUGCAUGCUGUCACUCGACAGUCAAGAACUCGUACUGCACGGGCGAGGCAGGCAAGGAGGCUUUUGAGCUGGCAGAUCGGAUGCGCACCGGUGCUGACCUGGACGAAGUACCCAAGGAGAUGGCAUGGAAGGAAGAGGCUGUCCUCGAGGAACACGUACCCAAUGCACCCGACCGUGCCGAAAAAGCAAAGAAUGAUGCUGCCAGUCGGAAACGAGCUCUCGAUGAGAUGACGGGAGGCGUAAACGAGGAGGAAAUGGAAGAGUAUCGCCGCAAGAGGACAAUGGCCGCGGACCCUAUGGCUGCAUAUCUCAGCAAGGGAGGGAAAAGUGAAGCGGUUUGAGGUGUCCAGCCUUUCUUGACGGCGUCAUAGGGCAUCAAUAUUGUAUUCGUAGCAUUGCAUGGCGUUCAUCAUACCCUGGAGUCGCAUCUAAGAUAGCAUGUAAAAUGACAUAGUAGUUCCUGAUGAUCGCUGCGUUGGCCAUGCGUGAUCGGUACAGUUCAC